AUGUGCAGAUUACAGAGAUUAUACCUGGAAAAUAACAGGUUAAAUGGCACAUUUCCGAGCUUCAUUCAAAAUUCUUCAUGGUGCAACAGACACAUAUUACGGACAUUGCGAUUAUCUUACAACCAAAUUACUGGCAAGAUACCCGAGGGCUUUAGCCUGCUAUCUGAAUUGGAGCAUUUAUCCUUGCAGGAAAAUUCUUUUGAGGGCGAAGUCACUGAAUCUCAUCUUUCUAAUUUUUCUAAAUUAGAAUACUUAUUCUUGUCACACAAUUCGUUGUCUCUAAAAUUUGGGUCCAGUUGGAUGCCACCUUUUCGAUUAAGAUCCUUGGGUCUUGCAUCUUGCAAGCUAGGUCCGAAUUUUCCUAGUUGGCUCCAGACUCAAAGCUCCUUAAUCUAUCUGGAUAUAUCUGAUAAUGGGCUUAAUGAUUCUGCACCUGCAUGGUUUUGGAACAAGUUGCAAAAUAUGUACGAGUUGAAUAUGUCUCACAAUAAUCUCAUUGGUUCAAUUCCUGAUCCGCAAUUCAUGCUUUCUUCCAGACCAUCUAUAAAUUUAAGUUCAAAUAAAUUUGAGGGAAAAGUUCCAUCAUUUUUGCUACAAGCUUCAGAGUUGUUACUCUCUGCAAAUAAGUUUUCCGAUUUUUAUUCAUUCUUAUGUGGAAACAUCACAGCUACAAACUUGGCUACUUUAGAUUUAUCAUAUAAUCAAAUAAAGGGACAACUUCCAGAUUGUUGGAAAUCUGUAGACCAGUUAUUGUUUCUUGAUUUAAGCAACAAUAAACUGUCAGGGAAGAUUCCUAUCUCCAUGGGCACUCUUGUUAAUUUGGAAGCUUUGGUUUUACAAAACAAUAGUUUAAUGGGUGAAUUGCCAUCCUCUUUGAAGAAUUGCAACAAUUUAAUUAUGCUGGAUGUGAGUGAGAAUAUGUUGUCCGGUCCAAUACCAUCAUGGGUUGGAGAAAGCCUGCAGCAAUUGAUAAUCUUGAUCAUGCGAGGGAAUCAGUUUUCUGGAAGUAUUCCCCUUCGUCUAUGUUAUUUAAAGCGUAUUCAAUUAUUAGAUCUUUCAAGGAAUAAGUUAUCAGAAGAAAUUCCAUCUUGCUUCAAGAAUUUUACUGUAUUGUCUGAAAAGAGCAUCGAUAGAAUUGAAACUGAAAGUCGUGUGCAUUGGUACAAUAGUACUUACUUUGCAACUUACACUGUUUUCAGUUAUAGUUAUUAUACGCUUCACAUAAUAUGCAUGUGGAAAGGUGUGGAACGCAGCUUCAGAUCCAAAAUGAUUCUUCAGAGCAUUGAUCUCUCAAGUAACAAUUUAACAGGUGAAAUGCCAAAAGAGAUUGCAUAUAUGCUCGGGUUAGUUUCUUUGAAUUUAUCAAGGAACAGUUUGAGUGGAGAAAUUCCUUUCGAGAUUGGAAAUUUAAGAAAAUUAGACUUGUCACAUAACUCACUUUCUGGAAGAAUCCCAUUGGGAAGACACUUGGAUACAUUUGAUGCUUCUUGUUAUGAAGGAAAUAUUGAUCUUUGUGGUAAACCUCUUGAAAAAAGGUGCCCUGGAGAUGAGAGAGUGACAAAGUGUGAAGGAGGAGAAGUGCAUGAUGAAGGUGAUGAUUCAGCAUUGUAUGGAGCAUUAUACAUGAGCUUAGGGCUGGGAUUUUUGACAGGCUUCUGGGGCUUAUUAGGGCCAUUACUAGUUUGGGAAGCAUGGAGAAUUGCUUACAUGAGGUUCUUGACCAGACUGACAGACUAUAUUCUUGUAAUGGUUGAAGUGAAGAUAGCAAAGUGCCAAAGGUGGUUCAAAGACUAG